AUGUGGAUUUUCUUAUUUCUUAUUCUCAUCCUGGCUUUUAAUAAAACUCACUGGAUCCAUUACUGUACACGAUUUACUGAAGAAAUUCUUCAUGUUCUUGUUGCCUUGUUGUUUAUGUACGAGGGAAUUAAGAAUUUAGUCAAGGUUUGUGUUCUUUAUUUUCCGUCCAUGGUAUACACGGUAGCUUAGUAUUUCUUGAAUUUUGUUUCUAUUUUUCGGCAAUUCUGUUCUGACCUUUGUUAGUACAGCUGAGCGCUCCUCUAAUAAACGGAGACCUCACAAAUGUGUCCGUUUAAUGUAGGUGUCGGCUUAAUUUAGACGUCCGCUUAAAAGGUUUCAGCUUAAGAGAGGUGUCCGUUUCUAGGAGUUACGUUCGACUGUUUGUGGAUCGCUGGAUCAGUGGCGAUUUGAAGUUUCAAAACCUGUAGGAGCUGGACAGCUUCAUUCCGAACAAAGUUUGUGUUUACUAGCUUACUUCUUUCUUCGCUAGUUUUGUUUUGCUUGGUACUUGAAACAAGCUACAGUUGAUUAGUACGAAAACUCCUUGAAGCUAACGUUUCUGUUUUUGUUUGGCUCGUGUUUGAAUUUUUAGUUUGUGCAUUUAUGGUACGCGCCUAAAAUUCUCACAGCUUGUCAAAAAAUGUGUUCGCACUGCUUGUUGCUAGUAGUUGACAAAUCUGGAAGAAGUUAUAAUCUUGUAACUGAAGGUCGAUGAGGCCAACAGACUUGCAACAAGUUGUUCCAACAAGUCUGAUAUCAUCUGCAUGUUGAUCACAACAAGUUCAACAAUGAUUUUUUCUGUGUUGGUGUAAUGUACUCAGGUGAAUAUGAUGCUUAUGAUGUUACUCUGAGUGUUUAUCCACACUUGGCAAGCUUGAAAAAUAUGCCUGUCCACGGUGGGAAUCGAACCUACGACCUUUGGAAUACUAGCCCAAUGCUCUGCCAACUGAGCUACGUGCAUGGUCAGGUCGGUUCGAGUAUGUGAUAUUUCGGAACUGAGUCUAGUUCCUUCGAUACCAAUGUAAUCUAGUAAUCAUGAUAUUUGCUGUGUUGGUGUACACAGAGAAAGAGAGACACAAUUCUGAAAUAUCACAUACUCGAACCGACCUGACCGCGUAGCUCAGUUGGCAGAGCAUUGGGCUAGUAUACCAAAGGUCGUAGGUUCGAUUCCCACUGGCAUAUUUUUCAAGCUUGCCAGGUGUGGAUAUACACUCAGAGUAACAUCACAAGCAUCAAGCUCAACAAUGUUGAUCACAACAAGCUCGUAUAGCCUGUUAAUUAGUCUUGUUGGAACAACUUGUAGCAAGUCUGUUACCGUCAUCAAUCUUGUAUAACAAGGUGAUAACAAUUUGUUUUAGACUUAUGAGUAUGACGACAGUGGAAACAAGCAGUGCAAACACAUCAUGCCAUGGUGUACCAGCAAGUGCCCAGCAACCUUGUUCUAACUUGUUUGCAGAUAUGGAACGACUUGCGCGGCGUUAAAGUUGUUAGUUCUAUAUUUGGCAGUUUGUGUGCCCUGUAUGUUUUGCACUUCAACUUCCGUUGCAGAUACCAUUUUAAGGCAGUAAUGUUGAUUUUUUCGCAUUCUUUAUUCAUUUUUCUAGGUUUAUGAUGAACAUCCCCUUCGUAAAGAGUAUGAAAUCGCAGCUAACGUUUCGGGAAACAUUACAGCAAACGUGAAAACAGAAAGACCAAACACUGCUCUGCUUUACACCAUAAUAAUGUUUGCCACAUUUAGUAUAGCUUUAGGAUUCCGCUUGUUUGAGAAAACACGCUUCUUUUCGCCAAGGGUAAGUGUGCAAUUACUGAUUAUACAGUGUUUUAUAUUAGCUUGUUUUAGAGCUGUGCAAACUCCAGUUAUUUUAGCUCCGGCUCCGGCAAGAAAUUGUUAAGGAAAUUCCAUAUUUAAAAGUGGAAGCAGGCGAAAGUACUUCAGUGUAAUUUCAGAAUUUAUAUUUUUUAAAAACCUUUUUACAGCACUAUUAAUAGUAAACAACAUAGUAAUAUAUAGUAAAACAACAUAUAAAUAGUAAUAUCUUAGUAAACAACAACUUAAUUUUCCCAGUUAAUGCCAAAUGUUUGUUGAAAUACGAAAUAAUUUUUCAUAAUUUUGUGUGCCGGAGUUUUUCAACUCCGGCUCCGGCAAAAUAUGCUGGAGCUCCGGCGCACAGCUCUAUUAAUAGCUUGUUUUCAUCUUCAAAUCCAGUUAUCCUAUUGAUAAAGUGCUACAAACCACUAAUUUAAGUACAUCGUGUUAAAGACUGAAUUUCAACAGUGCAUGCAAAAUUCUUGGUAAUAACCAGUAAUACAAUAAUUUGUUUUGUGCACAGUGUGUGAUACAGGCGGACAUUUCUUGUUGAACCAUCCAGAGCUGUAUUUUUUCUUUUACAUAUAUAGAUCCGUCGUUUAUUGAAUUUCUUCAGUAUUCCUGUGGCAAUAACCGUCAUGAUUGGCAUUGUGUACGCCGUUGAUGUCUAUCUCAACACAAUCCACAUUCCUGAGAGAUUGGGGGUGACAUCGCCUGAGAAGAGAGAUCGUUCUGUAAUACCAGACGGGGAUAAAUUGUCUAAAGGAAGUAUUUCCUACUGGGUUAUUCUUCUAUCUAUUGGCCCGGCUUUGCUCACCGUCAUUCUUCUAUUUAUUGAAAGUGAAGUCACGCUGCUGGAUUGUUUUAAGGUAUUAAAGAAAUGUUAAGGACUAAAAUGUUGUUGAAUUAAAGUUGCUAUUAUCCAUAUCCGUUAUUUUAUUGCUUUUCAAGCAUUUUUACAAAAGUUGAAAAAAUCAAUGGUGGAAAGCGUUAUCCGCCCUUUGUACAAAUGACCCAGAUAUCCAGACGGAAUUUCGCCCAGACUACUAAAGGAAACCGCCCACCAAAUUGCUUCAUCGCUAUCCACUCUAUUCAAUCGAUCUCUCGAUAGUGGCUCUCUACCAGAAGAAUGGAAACUGGCUAACAUCAUACCAGUUUUCAAGAAAGGUGACAAAUCCUUCGUUGAGAACUAUCGUCCAAUAUCGCUCCUCUGCGUUGUAUCGAAAGUCUUCGAGCGUUGCGUGUUGAACAAGCUGCGCGAUCACUUGUUACAACUACUAAACUCGUCACAACAUGGCUUCACCCGAGGCAGAUCAUGUACCACCCAGCUUGUCGAAGUGCUGAACUACACCAUUCGGUUCUCUGUUAGACUCCAGAAAACAAACCGACGUUAUCUUCAUGGACAUGUCGAAAGCGUUCGACAAAGUCAGUCAUGCUGCUCUUGUUAACAAACUUGCAAUCUACGGUAUUAGAGGGUCUCUGCUUAACUGGUUUUCACACUAUCUACAUGGCCUGCAACAACGUGUAACUACUCUCGGUGCAACGUCUUCUGCAAAACCAGUUUCUUCGGGAGUGCCUCAAGGCAGUAUUUUAUGCCCAAUUCUGUUCCUCCUCUACGUUAAUGACCUUCCUGAUGCUGUUGAGAACUCAAAAGUGGCUUGCUUCGCUGACGACACCAAGAUCUUCCGUUGCGUCGACUCCAUCUCCGAUGCUGCACUCCUCCAAAGCGAUCUGAGUAACUUAGAAAAUUGGUCUACAUCCAGUGGUCUCGUCUUCAACCAGCUCAAAUGCAAGUGUCUGCGCGUGACUGGGAAAAUCCAGCCUACUACUUAUCCAUAUAAGAUCAAAGAUAAGGAACUCACAACAACGUCGGUUGAGAAGAAGUUGGGAAUUUGGGUUGCCAGUGAUCUCACAUGGACCAAGCAUGUUUUAGAACGUUGUGCGAAAGCCAACAAAUUGCUAGGUUUCGUGAGGAGAAGCGGUGGAGAAAUAUCCAACUCACGGACCCGCCGGAAACUGUAUCUAUCAGUUGUCCGCCCGGUUUUGGCUACGCAAGUCAAGUAUGGUCUCCCCAGACUAUAGGUCUAAUUAGACGAACAGAACGUGUACAGAGAAGAGCGUCAAAAUUCAUCCUGAACCUUCCCUACUUGUGCGACGAGUCCUACCGCGACAGGCUGAUAAGUUUGGAACUGAUGCCACUAUCAUACUGGCACGAGUAUAUGGAUGUUGUGUUCUAAAUAGUCUGAUCUACGUGUCUAAAGAUGUUCUCCCUCAACCUAUUAUUCCAUCCCGAGUUACCUGAUCAUGGAAGUGUCUUCCAACAAACUUAAAACAGCCAAAUAUGUUGUUAAGUACAUUUAAGAGAUUGCUGCGGAGCUACUAUUUGGAAGCCCUGCGUAGUUGCUAUGAUGCAGAGGAUCCAAAAACGUGGAAAUCUGUGUGUUUAAUCUGUAACUCUUGUCGUAGUUUGAACAAUGUUGUAAAUUGUUGUUUCUAGUUAUUAUAUGUUAAUAAAAGGGCCCACAGUAAUUGAUUUUAACUGUUGUGGUGUCGCAGCCAUCUGUUGCUUACAAUAUAAUUGCAUUGUACUGUAUGUAUUGUACUGGACUGAACUAUAUAUUGUACUGUAAUGUCUUCUAUUAUAUUCUACCGUUUUGUGUAAAUUUAUCAAAUGGCGAAGUUAUAUAAAUAAAUAAAUAAAUAUUUGCUUGAUACCUGCCUCAACUGAGAAAUAUUGAUAAAAAACGAACAUUGAUUUUAUUUAACAGGAAACUCGUGGUAGAAAAGGAUCCGGAUUUCAUGUGAACCUUCUCGUUGUUGCGAUCAUGGUUUUAAUUUCUUCAUUUCUUGGCCUGCCUUGGAUGUGUUUGGCCGCUGUCGAGACUUCUGUUCACUUGGACAGUUUGAAAGUUUGGAGCAGUUUCGAUGCUCCUGGAGUUAAAAGUCACGUGGUUAAAAUACGAGAACAAAGAUUGACGUUGUUUUUUACUGGAAUUUUAAUUGGUGAGUGGCGAUGGCAUCAACGUGCACACGAGGUCUAUGCAUAGACGCAGGCUGCGAAAACAAGUCAAUAUUUCUUUGAGGAAUGUAAUCAACAAAGCAUUAAGUUAGAGAUAAAUACCGAGAAUGAAGGAUUUAUUAUGCCUCUAAUGUUUCUAAUGGUCCUCCCCUAAGUCCCCUUAAGAAGGUUCGAAUAAUCUUAAUUUCUUAAUAUGUUAAAUCGUGUUAAAUGAUUUAAAAAGUAGUUUUCCUAUCUAACGUAAAGUAUACUAGUACUAUUGCCUUGACUUUAAUGUCUAUUCUCAUGAGUUAAGCAGAACACAACCUAUUGGAAAUAGAACAUAUCUUUUUGUGACUUUUGUUGUUUGGCCUCCAUUUUGGUAUCAUCAUAGUUUAUUAUCUGUAUAUUUAUUAAAAUCCAAGUUCUAUAUGUACAUUUAUCCAACAUCAGUUUAUUUAUUUGAAUAAGUAAUUUAUUUUUCACAGGGUUGUCAUCAUUUCUUAAUUCGUAUUUGGAUCAAAUUCCCGAAGCAGUAUUCUCUGGCAUGGUUUUAUACAUGGGUGUCGUGGCAUUAUUUGGAGUUCAAAUGAUUGAAAGAUUCUUUCUGAUGUUUAUGGCGCCAGGACAACAUCCAGAUAUACCUUAUUUAAAAAGUGUAAGUACUGUAUUAUUUCAUCAUUCAUGUUUCCGUUAUACGCUUGCAACACUUGCACAUGACACAUGUUUGCUUUGACUUUCAAACCAAAUAAUACAGUGGGACCCCAGUCACCCCGUUAAUACGGCCACCCCGUUAAAACGGUCAAAUUUUUUCAGCCCGUCCAUAAUCGUAUUAAUUAACGGGGUUCCACUGCACAUCCAAUCUCGUACCCAGAGCAAUGCCUGUGCGCGGGCUAGGAUGGCAUUGGCUCUGGGGAAAUUGACAACCGGAACACCUAAAUUUAGGGGUUCCUGUUCUUUGUCGGCAUGCACGAUUGAUAAACGUUAAACCAGUCACAGCACAGAAAAAAUUCAAUUUCCCCAGAGCCAAUGCCAUCCUAGCCGGCGCACAGGCAUUGCUCUGGGUACGAGAUUGCUGCACAUCCAAAAUGAUAUCACGGCAGGGACGUAGCGAAGACGUGGGGGUCAAAUUACCCGAUUUAACAUUCUACGUUACGUAAAAGCAAUGUUUGAAAUUUAGUGUGGUUUUUCAUGACUACAUCCAAGUAGCGAGUGUUUCAUUCGAAAGCCUUAUCUAUUAGCAUAAUGGAUACGGGUCUAAAUCUACCAGGGGGUCCGGGGUCCCUGGAGAAAAUUAUGAAUAUUUAGACCCUCUGUAGACUUGGAAAAACAACUAAAAUUUUCCAUUCUUAGCUUGUGUUUACUUUUAACUUCCACAUUAGUCUGUCAAUGCACCUUCAGGUCAAGUCACCUCAAAAUUUAGCUGAAAUUAUUCAUGAACAAAUAUUGCCCCCUUCCCCCAGUCGGUACGUCACUGUAUAACGGUAUAUGUCCAAUGUUAAUCGCUGUCUUGAUUUGUCUAGGUUCCGUUAUCCAAAGUGUAUUUAUUCACCAUCAUUCAAGUUGGCUGCGUGGUUAUUCUUUGGAUUGUCAAAAGUUUUAAAAAUGUCGCACCACUUUUCCCUUUGUUUGUUUUAUUAAUGAUUCCACUUCGUGCUUUGCUGGGGAGAGUGUUCACUCAAGAACAUAUUGAACAGGUUCGUACAUUUAUUAAAAAUACAUUUCAUUUGUAAUAAUAAACAAUUAUUGGAUGAGCAUGACAUCAAGAAUUAUUCAGACGGAGGUCAAUGUUAUCUGCUGAAGCGAAGCUGUUUGUUAAUGUUUCAAGUAUAUUUAUUUUAUUUUCGCGCGCUUUUGGGUUUGAGUUGUUGGCCGCGCCGAGACUUGGGCACGACAGCGUCCAAUAAGUUUUUUUUAUGCAAGCAGUUCGAUAAAAGAAAACUAUUACUGGACGAUUAGCACGCCAGCAGCUGAAAUUACGUAAUAAAUACCAAAUAUUGAGAAUUAUCCGGUGCUCUCUGACCAAUCAGGAACGAGAAUACAUACUAAAUGUAUAAUAACUACUAUUAUAUACCAAGUAUCAAAGUUCAUGUUUCCUUGCAUCUCAUUGGACGAGAGCGUACGACAUGAAAAUCUCGAAAUUCUGUCACGUGGCAGCAGCUCUGAUGUAAUAAGCGCCAUGGACGUUGUUUUUAUUCAGAGGUCAAUAAUAAAAUUGUUGAGUUAUAAUGCAAACAUGUACGUUUCCCGUUUCUUUUUGUUUUUUGUUCUCUUUCACAUUUGGUAUAUAAUAAAACACAUAUUGCCUGGGACUUCCAGGAAACAGUAUAUUUUGUGCGCCUUCGACUGCCAAUGUUUCACUCGAUUUAAGAAACAUUGGCAGUCUUGAGUCCACAAAAGAUACUGUUUCCCGCCCCAGUCAAUAAGUGUUAAAUAGUUGUUAGCACUGAUAACUCUAUAUAACAAGAAGUUAUUAAUAAACUUUAUAGCGGUCUGAAUUCGAAAGCCUGUUUAACGUUUCUAUGUACACUCCUAGCCCAGAACAUUUGUUGUGCCAAUGCCAUUAAUUUAGUAGUUUGCUCCAGUAUUUCUAAAACAACGGAAUGCACUACUUUCUUUGCGAUAUGUUCAGAAUAGAACACGGUCUUAAACACCACUGCAUUAGAACUUUUCGAUCAGAAUAUUUCUUCUAAGUGGUGUGGGAUGCCCAAGUGUUAAAUUGUAUUUCUUGGAUGUUUUUUAGCUUGAUAAUGAAGAAGAUGAAGAAGGUCAUGGUCCACUAGACUGAACACAUAUAACCUCUCUUCUCUAAAGAGCCGGCUUUUAAACUUUUUAACAUGAAGUAUUGAGCGACGUUUCGCUGACAAGGGAAUUGAUUUCGUUCCACUCUCCGUAUGCUAUCUUUCCACUAUAGCGAAACUCUCAUACCCUGCAUGCAGAGUAUGCCCAUUCGCAGGUUAUACUCUGGGUACGAGAUUGAUUACUACCUGGUUUCCAUUUAGAUCAUAUUUAAAGCACACAUAGUAAAACGUUAUAAUAGAUGAGGUUUUUGUGAUGUCCAGAAUUAUCAGUGUCGAGGUAAGUGUUAUCAGUCGAGCCGAAGGCGAGGCCAUUUAUUAAUUUCAAUUCCAUUUAUUAUAAAAUGCGGACACGAAAAAAGAACGAGAUUAAUAUCCCACACCGAAAAAGAAUGUUUAUAAAUUAAGUCGAGAAUUAAGUUGUUUACAACACUAUUUGAACCUUUCCGCAGAAUUUUCAACUUUCUCUAAACAAUAUCUGACAUAAUAUUAAUAUAUCUAAAUAUUAAUUUUUUAUUAAUAAAAUAAAAAAUUAAUUAAAACAGUUUUAGUCCAGUUUCACUUUUAGUUCGCCGAAAAAGUUGUUCAAUGGCGGUAACUAUUAAGUAUCACGUUUUAAGUGUCAGUAAAAAACGUAACUCGACUGAUAACACUUACCUCAACCUUUUACAUAAACAACAUGAAGUAUAGAGUAGUAUAGUAAGUUAUUCAUGUUCAGAUAUUAAUGUUUAGUCGGAGAAACUGAAUGACAGAUUGUGUUUCGUGAAGUGAGGUCUUUUUUAUGUAUCUUAGAGAAUGCAUGAAAUCCCAGAAAUACUCGUUAAUAUGUAUUAAUCGUUUUCAAGAUGGACUAUCUAUUUCUGCGCGUCUCAUGUAUCCACGCUUCUAAUUCACAAGAUUAUAAGCGCCAUUUCACUUAAUAAUUAAAAAAAAAAACACAUUAUAAAAGUAGUAACAUGGCCCUGGUGGUGAUAUAGCUUGUCAUUCGUGUUGAUGAAAGCGUUCGUGUUCUUCAGUAAUCUUACAUACAUGAAUGUUAUUUUAUUAGUAAGAUAUUUCAUUAAAGUGUAACUCAAUAGGAUUCUGCUUCAGACACAUACAAACUCCUUCAUGAUCAUUAUUUCCUUUGUGUUUUUUGCAUCAUGAAAAUUACAAAAUUAUCAACAAACUUCUGGAAGAGCAUUUUAGUUUUGCUUCAAAGGUGGCGUACAUCAAUCUCGCAGAAAAUUAUUAAUGGCAAAUCCUUGAGAUUUUCUUGCAUGUAUUAAUUGUGGAAAAUCAACUUUACUGAUCAUUAAAAAUAAGAGUAUCAGAUAUAUAAAGUUUGCGUAUGCGGAAUCGUGUGCCAAAGCCACACGAGUUCAGGUUAGAUUUACUAAAUAAAUAUAGUUGUCUCCUUAAGCGCUGUUGCAGCAUGACUCAGCGUGAGUGUUGACAAAUAGCAACUAAAAUUUUCCUUUUUAUUUUAAGAUUUAUAGCGCAUAUCAUUUCCUCCAAACUGAUCAAUACAUACACGGAAUUAAUUACAACAUGUUAAUUACAAAAAUUAAGUAAAGUAUUAAUUGAAUUGCAAUCUAUUAAAAACUAAAAAUAAUUACAUCGUUAACUCAAAGCGAUCAAAACACUGCUGUGUCUUUCUAGACAUGUUUUCUUUUAAGCAACUUUGUUACGGACGGAUAUCUAUUGGAAUACAGACUAUUCCACUGAACAUCGUUUUAAUAUCCAAACGUUCAGUGAACAAUAUUGCGUCUUGUUGGACUGCAAAUGGCGUGUUAAUGACUUCUAUAGCUGCACAAUUCUUGACGUGGAUCAUGGGCUAUGUUGUGUGCACUGGACGUUGUUGAUGAUGUUUACAAAGAAAAUAUGUAGUGCUCAUGGAAAUCUAUGAAAAGUAAUGUCAAAUAUUCCUUCUUAUUUGGUUAUAUGCGUGAUGUAGUAUUAACUUUGUUGAAUUUUUUAAAUCUGGGAAUUGGAGGUCUCCAUCUGUUUUCUUCAUGUAGAUGCCUAGGAAACUCCAAUCGAAUGUAGAAUCAGUGUUGGUCCAGUUAGAAAAUCAUGGUGAAGGCCAGAGUUCAGGUACAGUUAGAAUGUAUGUCGGGCUGAACGAAUAUCUGAAAAAAUCUCCCGCCGCUUUGCCCUGCAUGUGAGGAUUGAGAAAACGAUGACUGGAUGAGGUGAAGUUGUUGAAUGAUUUCAUGUUGACUUCUGUAUGAACCUUAUUGACACCAAUCCCGGUAAGGCGAUAUAGCCGGUGGUAGACACCAAUCCCGGUAAGGCGAUAUAGCCGGUGGUAGAGCAAACAAAACUUUGCACGGUUAUCCUAAAUUUUUAUUUUCUAAUAUGUUUUGUAAUUUCGCUGUUGUAAUUCAAGAGCAUGAAUAACUUAUCUUGUAUCAUCUUACUUUAAGUGGCCUCCCCCAGCGUAACUGAAUGGCUUAGUAUGCUCAGUACAUUAGCAUGGGGCAUGGCUUGCAUGCCAGCGACAUAUCGCUUUGAUUCGGGAAGAAACGACCUCCCGAAUAAAAUGUCAAGUGCCAUCUUCGACACGAUUUUCAUCCCAAAUGUCGCUACGAGUGUCCAUUUUGUACAUUUUUGUUUUUUGAUGGAAAAAAGCUAGCCGGCAUUUCAAUUUAGUGUUUAUAGACCGCAAGAUUUAGUCUUCAAACGAGGGAACGAUUUCCGAACAUCGAGAUGAUCUUCUGAUAUUUGUCCCAAUGAAGUGAAAUUGUCCUGUAUACUAAAUUCAUAAUGAAUCUAUUUUGGUCUUGAGACUGUUAAUGAGCUUAAAAUGACAUGUAAAAAUAAAAUGUUUUUGGAUUUAAUAUCGCUGACUUGAUGCUUGUGGAAUUGUGGUUCACUUGUAAUCUCCGUCAAUAUGUUAGUUGUAUAAUCUAUGUGAUUGUUAUGUCUUUGUUUUUUCUUAUCUGUUUUUUCUAUUUCGUAACCUCACGAGUUCUGUAGCGAGUACUUGUUUAGUUUUUGUGAAUAAUAAUAUAAAAUGGUGAUCUACAUGCAGUUAUAAAACAAAACAGCAGCACAUUGAGUCUUGAGCGUUCUUCGCGCAACAGCUGAAUGUGACCUAAUUGGAUCAGUUCAUUAUAUAGGAUUAAAUUGUAAUUCAUUAUACAUGCGGCUGCAGCAGUUUGCAGAUCCGACUAGGAUUGUGACUUCGCGCUUUUCUUUUUCCAAGUUUUUUCUAUCAUGAUUUGAUUAUAUCAGUGACAGUGUGCAUAUAGAUGACACAUUACAUUCAUACGUGUAUACUUCUAUACAAAAUGAGGCUUUAAAAAUUUAUUAUUAAAUCAGUUCAAUAUAUUAUCAGUCAGCAAUAAUAUGUCGGCUUUAUAACAAGGUUCUUAAGUUAAGAGCUAUAACUUCCACGGUAUAUAUAUAUGCGGUAUAUAAUAUAUAAACAUGGCAGCUUUGCGGUAAAAACAGUCUUGAUUUAUUUACAACAUGCAGCGGUAUCACAGAUCUCAGCCUGUUCAGCAUUCUUCAAUCUUCCAUUGUACGUAAAACAUAAUACGUUGCGUUCCAUUUGACAUUCCCGACAAAUUUGGAAUCCCCACAAAUUAAGAAAAAUUUACAGUGCAAAAGUCAGUUGCUCUAUUAACUUGAUUCGUAAGACUGGAUUCGAUGAACAAGUUGUUUUGUAAGAGUUUGGAUAGAAUGGUGAGGAACACUGAUUGCAAAAGGUCCUUGUCAUCUUUCUUGAUGCAACGUUAGAAUCCAUCCAAAGGUGAAAUCUGAUCAGGUACUAGCAUGUCAGGCCGCUGUCUGAAUGUCCACUUUUUUUAAAGGAAAAACGGCCCAAGUUAGGCAAUGAUGAAAGUUGCGGAAGAAUUUAGCUGUGUUAAGAUGUUUGCAAGAAAAAAGGAAACGCCUGGAAAUUAUCUUUACCACGCACUCCUGGAAAAAUUAUAUACAAUUAUUAUUUGGUCAAUUAUGAUCUCGAGUGGGAGACGGCGUAAAAGCAUGAAAUAAGUCCUUCAAGUCCACCUCUUUCUGCAACGUCAUGUCUCUGAGAAAACAUUGCUAUCUAAUAUUCUGAGAUUUUCUUUUUAGAUAUUCCUGAAAUUAUCGUUGAUCCAUGUACGAAAACAUCAUGUGAUGUUGCGACGGACUCCAGUAAAAUUAAACCAAGUCGAAAAAUGCUGGAAAGAUCUUCUUCAGUACACGAUUUGUCUGCGCAUGAUGAGAAAGACGUAAGUUUAUCUCGUUUCAAAGUCAUUGUCACACCUAACUAUUCACAACUGUUUGCUCACAUAUUUCCUGGUAACAGACAGAGAGAUCUUAAUGAACCCUACGCCUAGUGUAUCCUCCCUCAGAUACAAAGAUUUCAAUUUUAACCUUCUUAAUUGUAAUUGACAAUCUCCAUAUUUUUACACCCUUAUACUAAUCCAAUAUUCUUGCCUAUUUGUAUAUCAAAGUAAUGAAAUUCUUAGUAACCAAUGUUGUAUUAUCUGGUCACACGUUGAUAAUAACGCAGAUGAUUGUAAUCUAAAAUGACGGUUUUUAAAAGCACAGUUCAGUCUUUUGAAUGAUGGUUUUUAGGGCGCAUUUCAGCCCUUUUAAUUGAAAAAACUAACUAGGAAAAUCAAUUAUAUGCAUAAUUCAAGAUCAGUAAACUCAAUGUUUUUAACAAUAAAAAAUGUUUUAAAAUGUUAAAAACAUUAACGCCUGUAUUCAAAAAGCUCACUCACACUCACACUUGAGUGUGACUCGAAUGAGAUGCACUCAAGUAGGGUUGAAGUGUGAGUGAGAGUGGAGUAUGAGUGUGAGUGUCCACUCAACGAGGGAGCACUCACCCUUGAAAAUAUUAGCUAGAUUUGUAUUCAAAGAGCUCACUCGAGUAUGACUUGCUGGAGUUUGGGUUUGAUGUUAAAGUAUAAUUAACGAAAGAAGGUAUAUAAACUAGUGAGACUGUUGUAGAUUUGUCAAUGCUUUCGUACAGCGUUGGUGAACAAUAUGGCUGAAGGCAGACAAUAUUUUUCGCAAUUGAAAAAGUCGCUCUUAACUAAAUUAGUGCAAAAGCACAAAGAUCUUGUAGAAAAUUAAAAAGUUUGAUAAUAUUAUAAAACCAUACAACAGAAAAUUAACACGUGGGAAGGUUUAUCCGAACAAUUCAAUUCCCAGUCAGGUGUGAAGAAGAGGGAUUCGAAGCAGUUUAAAAACCUGAGCGUCAACAAAAGUUGUAUAUCUGCGAGAAUGGGCUUUCCUCGGUCGUUGUGUGCAGAUAUUUCUGGCCUAAUUAUAUCCGUAACUUUCGAAAUCCAGCCUCAGUUUAUACCCGGUAUCUGCAUCGAAAUUUCUCCUCGUCAUAUUUCCCAUAAUCAAAAAUAUAUGGUCUCCUCCAUCUCUGUUGUUUCUUGCGACACUGUCCAGUAAUUCUGACCUUCUUAACCACCUGUCCAUCAUAUUUGAAUCACCAAGUACAAGGUGAGUCUAACUGAGUGCGGCUCAAGGGACGUAUACCUCUCACUCACACUUUACUCAAAAUCGGAGCUUCACUUGAGUGUGAGUGGUGUCUUUGAAUAGUUGGAGUGUGAGUGUCGCAUUAGACUAUGUUAGUGUGAGUGGACACUCAUUGAGUGGUGAGUUGCACUCAUUAACAACGAGUGUCCACUCAUUGAGUGUUAGUGUGAGUGAGCUUUUUAAAUACAGGCGUAAGUUUGCUGAUCUUGAAUUAUGCUUAAUUGAUUUUCCUAGUUAGUUUUUUCAAUUAAAAGGCCUGAAGCGCCUUAAAAAUUAUCAUUCAAAAGGCUGAACUGUUGUGCCUUUAACAUGUCAUGUAUCGUCGAUGUAAUAAAGAUGAUAAAUAAAUGUACGUAACUUUUUCAUUCAGUCAUUUUAGUUUUUUUAUUGCCCUAUAAAAGUAUUGGUUAAAGCCCUAUAUAAAACUACUCUUAUAGAGCUUUAAUUUGGUGUUUUAUAGUUUUUCGUGCAGUUAAACGAGCUUGACAGUUCUGGUUUGUAUUGGAGGGAAAAAGCUCGUUGGAUCAAAUAUGAAGAAAAUGUUGAACCGGGUGGGAACUGGGGACGACCGUUCCUUCCUUAUAUCGAGGCUGAGUGUUUGCAAAGUUUUAUACAAUCCUUACACAAUGGUUAGUAAAUAUUGUAUUUAUUAAACUACAAGGAAGUUUUGAAGGACGUUUUCUAUUGAGACAAUACUGUCCUCUGUCUCUCUGAAUCGCAGAUUAAUAAUAUUCCCUCUGUCACGUGAAACAUCCAUGUUUGUAGCAAGAAUGUUUCAAUUAAACACGCAAACAUCUCACAACUUGUCAACAAGAUAUGUUCGUAACAGAUUUGUAACAAGGCAACAAGCUUGCCAACAAGUUGUAACAAUGUUGUUAGUUUGUCAAAUUACUACAAGUUUGUCACUCACAACGUGUUUAAAAUUGGUUGAGUUGCGCGAAGUUUGUUGAGUCAACGAACUUUGUAGCAACUUUUCAACAAGCCGUUGACAACUCAUCAACAAGCUGGGGGCAAGCAGUGCGAACACAUCCUGGCGACAAGUUGUUGAAACAGCAUUGGUACAAGUCUGCUGCAGGUUUGUUACAAGUUGUGUGUUCUGACGUGUUUAACCAUGGUGUAGCUUAGCCAAUCUUGCGUGAGGCUAGUUAAACGUUCAUUGGCUGAUCAGAGUAUAAUCUGUUUUAACAAAGACGAAAAUUUCACAUGAGCGUAGAAUAAUCUGCAAUAUUUCAUCUACAAUCUAGCCACGGUAUUUGUUUAGCUAACGAUGGCACUGGAUUAUGUCAAAGCGCAUAGCGGUUUAUCAUUCUUAGGUUUGGUGUCACUUGGCAGUAUAAAUGAUGGUGGGUUCAAUAUAUCUCAUACCAUAGCCAACAUGUUGGUACUUGGUGGUCAUGCUGAGCCUCGACAUCGUGUUAGACUACAACAAAUCAUGACACUACCUCGCAUGCAUCAAGGAGAGUCAACUUCUCAUUUUCGUAAGAAAGUACAGUUGAGUCGUGAAACAUUGAGACUCGCUAGUAAGAUACGAGAAGAGGGAAUGGCGCAUGCGUGGGAGAUGUCAGAUAAUAUAGUAAGAAAUCGUUGGGUAAAGUUGGCAAGAAAAGCACUGGAUCAACAGAGAGGAGAGAGAGGAAAGUCCGUUGUUUGGGUAAGUGAAAGUUUUGUAUAAACAUUUUAAAUUUGUCUAGGUAAGGAAAUCUCCUAUUGGAAGAAAUUGUAAGGAUCCUAUUGCUUUUCAUUCUGAUUCAGGUUGAAAUUGAGUGUCCAAAAAGUGAUAGCCAGUGGCAGCCCAGUUGCUAUCACAUUCCAUCAUAAUGGCGUCUUCAGGAGCAGCUCAAUUUGGAAGAAAAUCGGCUUUUCUGAGCAGUUUUAAAUCGACAAAAUACUGCUAAAUCAGGAAGCACCCUGAUUCUGACAUUCGUCACAACACACAAUGUGAUUUAAUUGUUUCACAUCCACCAAAACCGGCUUAAUUAAUACAAUUUCAGAAAGGCAAUUCUCUGACGAAUUCAGAUAGUGGUUAUAUUACCCACCAUUAUUAUUGCCACCCAAAAUGGCGGGUUUCCUAGGUUGACGUAAUAUUUCUUGGUGAUGUCUGCAAGGUCUGAAUAGUUACUUCGCUUGGCUGUUGCGGUUCAGUAACAUAGGCUUUGUAAUCACCACAACUUCGGCGACUAAUGUUCAAUUAAAUCACGUCAUCUCAAACAAUCCUUCCCCUCGAAUAUGUUCUUAGAUGAAGAAAUAUAUUAAACCCAUGGCCACUCCUCUCUUGUUUGAAAGGUGGAUGAAUCACUUACCCUUAAAUACGUCGCUAUCUAUCAGAUAGAAGAUUCAUCCAUCAGUGAUUUAAAACUUCGGAGCAUUUAUAAAUUGAAGUUUCGUUCUAUUAACCGCGUGGUUCAUAUCCGUAUUUUUAUAGCUUUCCGGUGGGUAGCUAGCCUGCGCGCAGUCUCUAUCCGACCUUCAUUCAGCUGGCUCCAGAUAGGAUCCACUUAUCCAGCAGAUAACGUAUCCACCAUUUGUACAACUGCUUCACGUUGAGUCCCACAUUUGAAGUUAAUUGUUAAUAAGUGUUAAUUUUUAAUUACUCCUGCAGGAAAAUUUACUUCUUGAAAAUAGAUGUCCAGUGAAAGAUCUUCUUAAACAGUUUGAUCACGACGAACAUCAUGAUGUUGAGCAUUUAAACGCAGAACACAGUCCUAGCACGGAGUACGCCAGCUCAUGUGAAAACACUGAGAGUUCAGACAAUAAUCAUCUUCGUAGAACAAAGGAACAAAUCAAGUUACGAAAGAUUAUUCAUCCUGAAUCUACUGGAGUCGUGAUAUUUAAUGCAGCUGUUGAUUUCCUCAAACGAGACGAGUGUCUUCCUGUAUUCAUCAGAUUUGAAAAUGAGGAACCAAUUCCAGACUUCAUGGAAAUUUCUAUUCCAAUUCGUUUUUUGUAUAUCUUGUUCACUUCGAAACAUGCAAUACAUAUGGAUAGUUAUCAAAUAUGUCGAGCGGCGGCAGCACUGUUUAAGGAUAGGGUAAGGAAUUUGUCCAUUUACGAAUAGACCCUUCCAGGAGCGUCUGAGAUAUCGGGUUUAGAACCCUUUAACUUGUCACUGAUAACCUAAUUAUAUCAAGAUCUUUUGUAUUAUCUAAUAUAACUGUAUGAUUUUGUAAAUGUGUCUAUCUAUAACAAGAUAAGACUUUAAACCCAAUAUCUCAAAUCACGAAAACGAGGCUCUACAGCCAAGGUGGAGAAUUUUCCGUAAGGGUGCAUGUAUUGCGCCAGCAGCAAGUCCUCAAAUCAUCACAUAUUCUUGAACCAACAAUUACAACCUAGGACUAAACCGAAUAAAUUAGUGCAUAUCAUAUGUUGUCGAAGCGUAAUUGAAUAUGAAGACAUAAAAUUUCGCCAUGUUUUCGUUCGCUACUCUGUUUUUUUAUAAAUGAAUGCGAAGCCCAGUCGAAUUGCAUUCACGUCCUGGGUUUUUAAUACAUUCAUUUAUAAAAACUAGAGUAGCGAUAUGCCUGGUUGCCGUCACAAACUUUAAAUAAAAUUUCGCAUCGAAUCUCAACGUACGCUUGAUCAUUUGAUUGCACGCAGAAAUGAGGAAUACACUCGUCAAUACCUUGAUAUUUAGGUCCAUCCAUCUCUUCUCCGUUCUCCCCCGUUCUCUGUUCCCAUUAUCUAUAGCUCCAUAAUGUCUCCAACUGGCUUUAUUCAUCUGUUCUUAUUAUCGCCCAUACCAUCUCAGCCUUGCUUUCUCGCAUUCGCUGUGAUGUUUUCUUCUCAUCUCUUCAUUCUAUGUGUCCUUCAUCUAUUUUAAUAAAAUGUCCAUACCUUCUCAAUCUUUCUAUAACGUUUACCACCCACAUCGUCUUCCGAUUUUUCAUUCCAUAAUGUAUUCGGUCAACUUAUUAUGUGCCCAUAUCAUCUCAGCCUUGCUCUCUUCACCUUCUCUUCAGUAUGUAGCACCCUACAUCUUUCGACCACUUCAUUCCAUUGGUCCACCUCUCUCAAAUUUCUUCUUAUCACAUGUCCAUGCAAUCUGAGCUUUGCUUCCUCACCUUUGCUGAUAUGCACGCAACCACACAUCGUCUUCUCACUCUUCUGCUCCCAUCACUCCAUAGUGUCUCUACCCUAUCUCCUCUAUCUCUUCUAAUAACAUGUUCAUGUUUCCCUCACCUUCUCCCUAAUGCCUACGACCCCACAUGUUCUUCCGAUCUCUUUCUUCCAUAGUGUUUCUAAAUAGCUCUUCUUCUUCGCUUCUUAUCACGUGUCUAUACAAUCUUAACCUUGCUUCCCUCACCUUCUCUGUAAUAUCUUCCCACAUCUUCCUUUUAUUUCUUCACUCCUCAUUUUGUCCUUGAGCAAAAACCGAAUAAUGUGCUAAGACAUAUUUGCAAACAAAUGUAUAAACGUGAUCUAAAUAUUUCGCCGCGAGUACAAACGAGUAGCUUAUAUCUAUUCUUUGUCAUAUUCCCUAACAUUAAUUAUUUCAUGAAUAAUUAUAUAAUCAGUUUGAUUUACAUUUGCGACAAAUGGUGACAGCAUGACUAAAAUAUCGCAGAAUGCAUUUUCACAAGCCAGUCAUGAUAUCGUUGUUCAAUUUCUUCCUAGACAUUUGCUCGUUAUGCAAUACGUGCAAAGACUUCGAAUGAUUUGGCCCAAGCUUCAAAUAUGUUCAUGAAAGAAAGUGUCAUGUUACCUCCGGGAAAUUGGAAACCAGAAUUACUCAUCCCUGUGGCUGGAGCUAUAUCAGCAAUCAGUCGAAAGAAACAGAUCAUGAGGAAAUUCAAACAUCGCGAAGGAAAAGAUUUAUGGCGAGUCAUGAGAGCAAAACUUGUGGUAGUUUCAUGAUGAAAGGUUUGGUGUAUCACAAUGGUAUGCAAGAUGGUGAUAAUGGACAAGAAGUAGUAAGGAAGACAUCUAGGUCAAUGACGCUACCAAGACGAGGAGACUGCCCUGUCAAGACAAGGUUUAGAAAAAUUUGUAAGUAUCUUAUUGUUGGCUACAUUUAUGUUUUUUACAGGGACGUACAGGUUUGGUGAAAUACGAGAUGGAACGAAUUAGUUUUUAAAUUAAUCUACUGCAUGUAUAAAGCACGUGAAAAGCUGUGUCUGACAGUCUGUCUGUCUGUCUGUCUGUCUGUCUGUCUGUCUGUCUGUCUGUCUGUCUGUCUGUCUGUCUUUCUGUCUGUCUGUCUGUCUGUCUGUCUGUCUGUCUGUCUGUCUGUUUGUUUGUUUGUUUGUUUGUUUGUUUGUUUGUUUGUUUGUUUGUUUGUUUGUUUGUUUGUUUGUUUGUUUGUUUGUUCUAUAUUCCUCUGCCUAGUGCCUAAGUAUUUUUAACCUCACUGCUCAUAUUCCACUGCAGCAAAAAACGAAAGCGAGAAUGAGACGUUGGUGGAAGAUCCUCCUGACAGCUGUGAUAUUGGUAUCAGUGAUGAUGAUGAAGACUCACGAGAAACUCAUCCACUUCACCCCAAUGGUAGAUGGUUUGGCGGUUUACAGAGAGAGUUUAAACCUCGCUAUUCUCAGUAUUGGUCAGAUAUUAAAGAUGGUUUUCAUAUCCAGUGUCUUGCCUCGUUAUUCUACUUAGCAAUCAGUUUAACAGCAAUGUGUCUGACGUAUGGACAGGUGAUCUGCAAGUACACUAUGGGGAAUCUCGGUCCAGUAGAAAUGCUUUCAGCAACUUCACUAUCUUGUAUAUUAAUGGCGAUCUUUGCAACCGAACCGUUGUCUGUGAUAGCUGGAACUGCUGCAAUGCUUAUUGUUGAGGCUUCGACCUAUCAGGUUAGUUGAAGUUAAGUUCUUUGUAUGAUUGCAUGGCGAUAAAAUAUAUCACACUUUUGUUUGUGGAAACACCGCGUAAAUUUAUUACUGCAGUAAUAAAUUUACGUGGUGUUUCCACAAACAAAAAUUAUUGUUAGUUGAGGUUAAUUGUUCAGAUGCAUAUCAUAUGAAACAGAGGUUGACACCGUGUGGUGACGGAUUAUAUGACAGAUGCAUUUCAUAUGAAACAUAGGUUGACAACGUGUGGUGACGGAUUAUAUGACAGAUGCAUUUCAUAUGAAACAAAGGUUGACACCGUGUGGUGACGGAUUAUAUGACAGAUGCAUUUCAUAUGAAACAAAGGUUGACACCGUGUGGUGACGGAUUAUAUGACAGAUGCAUUUCAUAUGAAACGGAUUUCUGCUUUAACCCGUCGAAGACUACAGUUAGGUAGUCGAAAGCUCGUUUAAAUAAAAAUCGUGGUCAGAGAACGUUUAUUUUUAUUUUAAUUAUGUCUAAACCUGGCUACGCUAUCUCCAUAUUUUCUCGGAUUAUAUCUGGUUUAUAUCUUGUAUCCACGAGCAUACAUAAUUAAGGUUAGCAUUAGAGGAAAGGUUGUGAACAGGGUCAUGAUCAAAGAAAAAUAGUAUUUGUGCGCCAUAUCUGAAUAAAGCCUGCAAGGUUCAUUUAGUAAUAUGGUUCCAUUCAUGCCGAUUACCUCAGAAAAGAUUCAUCAGACCGACUGAAAUGACAAAACCACGACAGUUUUGUGGAAUAUAAUACGUACACUGGACUGUUUGUAGAUUUGCAUCCUCUGUUGACCGUUGAUCACUUAUGCUUUGCUCUCUCUGUUUCAGGCAUCUCAAAUAGUGGCAAUAGACUUUUUUCAAUUCCGUUUUUUAACCGGGAUAUGGAUUUUCUUAUUUCUUCUUCUCAUCCUGGCGUUUGAUAAAACUCACUGGAUCCAUUACUGUACAAGAUUUACUGAAGAAACUCUUCAUGUUCUUGUUGCCUUGUUGUUUAUGUUUGAAGGAAUUAAAAAUUUAGUCAAGGUUUGUGCUAUUAAGAAUUCAGUUCAAAUUCAAAUUAACUUGGCGUUCUUAGAUAUAAGGCUUUUAGAACAACAACAACAACAACAACAACAACAACAACAACAACAACAACAACAACAACAACAACAACAACAACAACAACAACAACAACAACAACAACAACAACAGCGUAAUUUUCAAAUGUUUCUGCAAUAAGUUUUCCUGGUUUGCGCAACUAAUGUUUUAUUGAUUCAGAUGAUCGUGUAUGCAUACAUAGAUUAUAUCGUUAUGUAGGUGUUUGAACAGCACCCCUUACGAAAGGAGUAUCAGUUCAGAGUCAUUAACUCCAGCGGCAGUGUAAAUACAACAUAUGAAGGCAGCAAUGAAAAACCAAAUACAGCUUUGUUAUAUACCAUAUUUAUGUUUGCAACUUUUGGUAUUGCACUCGGAUUUCGAUUGUUUGAGAAGACAAGAUUCUUUUCACCUCCGGUAAGAAACUUUGUAAUAAUAUUGUAUAAAUAUAGAGAUGUUUUCAAUUUCCUUAUUGUUCGAGUCACGGACAGGUAACUUUCGUAAAACAUUGCUAUUGGUUAGUUAAAAUACAAUACGCACGUGACGGUGAAGGACCAGAUUUAUGAAUAAACGUAGUCAACGUUUAUUGAGAUAUAUUGCUAUUCUAAUGAGUUUCACAGCCAUCUUCCCUUCGAUAGGCUAUGGUUUCUCCGAGACGAAUAAGCCUAUAUAGUGUUCGUGGACAUGCUUGUACACGCCAAAAUAUAUAAGCUUUCCCAUGCCUCUGGUUGUUAACAUCAUUCGAAUAGAUCUGUCAUGGAAAACGGCCUUUGAGUCUGGCGCGGGUUACAACAUGGUCGUCAUGAGCAACCGAUUACAUUGCUCACAAAACAUUGCAACAAACGAUGCCUGUAGAAGUAGCGUACAUUUUGAAAAACAUGUGCGUAUACCCACACUGUAUAUCUAGUAGAUGUGCAUUUAAAUUUAAAAUAGGUUACAACAAGACCGUUGCUUGAAUAUCUAGUGUGCAGCACAAUACUCAAUAGGUAGAGUAUAAGCCUUUAAUGGUCAAACCAUUAUUCAUUCCUUGCAAUUUAUUUAGAUACGUCGUUUGCUCAACUUCUUCAGCAUUCCUUUUGCUGUAAACAUCAUGAAUGUAGUCACAUACUUUCUCGGUGUUUAUCUUAACACAAUCAAUAUACCAGAUGGUUUUCAACCUACUUCGCCAAGAAGAAAUCGUCUCAUUACUCCUGAUUUUAACAAGAUGUUUGAGGGAUUCUUUUCAUAUGGUAUAAUACCACUGGCAGCUAUUCCUGCUUUAUUGACCGUUAUUCUUCUUUUUAUUGAAAGUGAAGUUACUUUACUCGAGUGCUACAAGGUAAAUAUGUUUUCCGUCUAGCACUUUAAUUUUGUCUUAUCAGUGCAUGAAGUGAUGAACUUUUAGCCUUUUCAUUAAGAACCAACUGUACCAAUUGACCACUUGCGUAAAAGACUAAAUUUUGAUCUAGACAAAAAUUUCAUCACAGCUUGAAAGAGCAUCACAAAAUUAGUAAUAUUCCAAAGUUUCGUUGCGAAAUGUUGUAAAAUGCGGAUAAUAAUAUAGCCUUGCGAAGUUUGCAAUUUUCAGUCAUUUUAGAUUACAAACGGGAAAUCAACAGCCCAAUACCCUUUGGGGCCAGAGCUUUGGGGCUGUCAAUUUCCCGUUUGUAAUCUAAAAUGACUGAAAAUUGCAAACUUCGCAAAGCUAUAUUAUCUGCAUAACGCAUGUAAGUGUAAUAUUGCCACCUUAAGUGAUUCUGGAAGGCAAACAGUUGAGUGUUUUGAUGAGUAAAAUAACAAUACGUAAAAAAUGUAAUAUAGUUAUUCCAAUUCACUAUAAAAUAUAAAACUUCUAUUAAAGCUAACAUUUUUUGAAUAUACAAGAAAACAUUUGGACAGUUUUGGAGACAGUAUGUUUCUAAUCUGUCCAACAAUGUUCUUUUCUGUCAUUGCUUUACAGCAAACCCGAAGCAGAAAAGGUUCUGGUUUUCACGUUAAUCUCUUUAUCGUCGCUUUAAUGGUUUUAAUUUCUUCAUUUCUUGGUCUGCCUUGGAUGUGUUUGGCUGCUGUCGAGACUUCUGUUCACUUGGACAGUUUGAAAGUUUGGAGCAGUUUCGAUGCUCCUGGAGUUAAAAGUCACGUGGUUAAAAUACGAGAACAAAGAUUGACGUUGUUUUUUACUGGAAUUUUAGUUGGUGAGUUUCUGCCUGCUUUUGCUAUUCAAUAAUUUCCGAUACAUUUCAGAUUCUUUAAUCGCCCUUUUGACAUUUCAUUUUAUCUAUAUAUUUACUUAUUUCAAUAAUUAGUUCCAUCCCGUUCCGGCAAAACGUGUACAUUUGAACUACCGGGUAUUCGCAAAUUAAAAUGGCUUGCGCAUGAAAAUGAAGAUUUAAAACGCGAUUUGGAACCAUACAAGGGAAGCUUACAAACUGCUUCACGAACCAUCAAAGUAGGAAACAAUUUGACAUCCAAUUGGUUCGGUCAUUCUGCGCCAACUAAGAGUAAAGAAUCGUAAUGGAAAACAGCAUAAAGGCCCACCCUGAUAUACACUCCUGUGACCCGAUCGUUCAAUCUAAUCCGAGCAAAAUUACACAACCCUGAUAUAACCAAAUAAUCUCGUUUGGACUAGACCAUGUUAAAGAGCUUCAGAUUUUACUUUCACUGUACUGCUACCAUUAAUUAAGCGACCAUUAACCAUUAAUCAAUGCUUAAUCUACCGAUAAACAAAUCAGUUGCAAACAAAGUGAGAGGUCAUGGUAGUCAAAUCUGAACGUCUGUAUUGUGAUUGUCCCAGGGGUACCGUAUAUGCACGAAUGCUUAUCCAUUUUUAUCAAAACAAAAAAGAUUGAAAUUCCAACUAAGCGCCCCAACUAAUUAUUUAUUUAACGGCCGCAAAAUUACUAAAACACGUCGUGUGUUUGUCAUUUCUAGGUUUAGCAGUAUUUCUUAACUCGUACCUAAAUAACAUUCCCGAAGCAGUAUUCUCUGGCAUGGUUUUAUACAUGGGUGUCGUGGCAUUAUUUGGUGUUCAAAUGAUUGAAAGAUUCUUUCUGAUGUUUAUGGCGCCAGGACAACAUCCAGAUAUACCUUAUUUAAAAAAUGUAAGUUGUUGUUGUUGUUGUUGUUGUUGCUGUCGUCGUCGUCGUUGUUGUUGUUGUUGUUGUUGUUGUUGUUGUUGUUGUUGUUGUUGCUGCCGUUGUCAGUAGUAAUUAAAACCACUGUUUGCAGUAGUUGUUUUGUUGGUACUCUUGCAUUUGCCUUCGAAGAGUGAGAAGUGAAGAGUGGUCAAACAUUCAAGAAGUUGUAGGUUUUAUUUCAACUUGAUAACAUUAUACAGGGGUUUCCUAGAUGUCAUUCAGUGCUUUCGUGAAGAGGUUUAUAGAAGGAAACAUUCAUAAACCUCCAGAGUAAAUUCUCCACUCAUUUCAAAACCGCCAGAGUUUCUUGGAGAACUGAACGGGUUGCCAAGUGUGCACAAAUCAUCUGGAGCAGGUGGUAUAGAUAAUGCAUAUUUUUCACCAUAUUAAUGAACUAGAAAACGUGGAGUUAAAAAGUAGUGAAGAGUUUUAUACAACCAACAUAAGAAACCUGGCGGAUGCGGAAACGGCCACUGCGCGUGUUAUUGUCGUGAUUCAUUUUAGGUUUUGUGAUAUUUUCAGGUUCCGUUGCAUAAAGUGUACUUGUACACCAUUAUUCAAACUUUGUGUGUCAUGAUACUAUGGAUAGUGAAAAGUUUGAAGAUUAUUUCACCAAUCUUCCCUCUUGUUGUUUUACUCAUGAUCCCACUUCGAGUGUUGUUGGAAAGAUUGUUCACCUUCGAAGAAAUAUCUCAG